GGGGAUCAUUCGCAGGUGCCAGUGCGUGCUCUGAUCACGCUCUGCGCAUACGCAUCCAUCGAAGUUCCAUCGAAUACAAUUUUAUCGAUAUUAAACACGAUAGUUACGAUUUAGAAAAAGUGAAAUAAAUAUUUUCUCGUUUUUAAUAUAUGAGCUGUGAGAAGUGAGAUAAUUGAAAUUGACUUUUUGACGCAUAAAUUUAAAAGGGGACACUUUAAAGUGAUAGAAAAUAUGAAGGUUUUAACAGUUGAUAAAGUGACAAGUGUUGGAGAAGACAAUGAGCCGACUGUUGUGGUGGAGACACCGAAAUUAACCAAAGAGGAAUUAAACAGAGGUUGUCCUCUUGGAGUUUCAAGGGUUACAAAUUCACUAUACGUAUGCGGGGCACAUGCUUUGCCUGGAGCGGUGAAAGCACUCCACCCUGGUUUAAUAGUCAGCGCAGCCCCAGAAUUACCACCUCCACCCGAAGAUGAUGUACCAAGGCAUUUUGUUCCACUUCUCGAUACUCCCAACUCUGAUAUGCAUCCUUACAUGGAACGAGUUGCGAAUUUGAUUAAUGAGGUUGUGCGUAAUGGUGAAGUAGUGUUGGUUCACUGUGUGGCAGGGGUAUCCAGAUCCGUGACACUCUGCUUGGCAUAUUUGAUCAAAUGGCAGAAAAUGACGCUUAGAGACGCAUAUCACCAUAUGAAGCAGAGAAGACCACAAAUUCGACCCAAUACGGGAUUUUUCAAGCAAUUGAUUAAAUAUGAAGAAAGGCUAUUUGGCGAGGCGUCAGUGAAGAUGGUGUAUUGUGAAGCUAUCGAUAAAGAAAUACCCGACGUUUACGAACCAGAAUAUAGUGCGAUGACUUGGUUUAGACAACGGUAUGGACCUAUAGAAAGUUAAGAGAGCUAAAGAGCGAAUGAAAUAUUAUCUGACAAUUAUAAUGAAUGAGACGAAUGACAGAAUUAAAGUGACUGAUGUAAUGAACGAGAUGAAUGACUUAAAGUGACUGAAUGAUGAAUGAGAAAAGACGAGCGUAAAUAUUUAUAAGACUGAGUGAAUGAAUGAUUUAUUGAUAAGACCUACAUUAUAAAGAAAACUAUCUCAGUAGCAGUAUUGAACAAUAAUUAUGUAGGUGUUAAGAAGUAAUUUGAUAUUGUGUUAAAACAAGUCAUUGUUAAAUAAUUCUAAUUAUUCAAAAGUGGAAAUUCAAAAAAUAAUUUUUUGUCGUCUUUAUUUUUAGAAUUAUCUGUAACUUGAAAAAAUGUUUAAUUAUUGUCCUAUAUUUUUCAAUAUGAUAAUAAUGUUAUAAAAAAAUUAGAAAGGAUAACAUAUUUGAUGCACACUAAUUGGGUAUUAUUAGCUAAUGUUAGCUAUUAAAAGCCUGUUGUAAAAAUGUGAGUUACCUAGUAAUAUUUAAUAUUAAUUAAUAUUGGUAAGAAAUGUGAUAAUUUAUUAAAUAACAGUUUAAAUAGGUGACUAUGUUAUGUAAGGUUUAAAUAUUGUAUAUACAUAUAAGUAUAUAUUAAUGGGACCAAAAUAAAUAUACAGUAAAUAAAAAAGU